GGGCGGUCAAGUGUAUCAACAACGUAAGUAGUCCGCCCUCGUUGCAUCUGCAAAUAUUGCUAGGACCGAGCCACGAAGAAUCAAAACCAAAAAGAAAAAGAAAGAAAGCCAGCUGUGAAGACAAUGGAUUGGUUCAAGGCAGGAGGUCCUCGGAUCUAUUGGCACCAGACCUGUGGCUAAUCAACGAUGCACAUACAGAAAACCAAUCGGCCAGCUACCCGCAAUAGAUAUCCAACUUCUCUCACGCCUCUCAUGUUGCAUACUCUAAUAUCAAUGUCUCCUAUUCCCAUAUCGCCGCCCUGGAUCUAAUUCUAUUAAAGUCUUGCGCACAUGAUACCAUUUCCUGGCCUUACGACCUACCCUUGUCUUUCAAUCGUCUUUUUGUUUUCGCCUUUUUACUCUUCUUUGUUUCCAUUUUCUUCGUCCUUUAUCUUUCUUGAUUUAGAUUGCUCGAGCAAAAUGGAUGCCCUAGCUGGGAGGUAUUCUUGUUCUAUAUCCCUUGCGCGAACACGGUUCUAGGGUGAGGUUAGGAUGUCUGGCGGGGUAUACUGUGCUAGCUGAAUUCCCUCUCUUCUCUUCCUUUCUUGUUGAUUAUGCAGCCUUUUGUUCAAUUAAUUUCUUUCUUUCUCUGUGUGGAUCGCUGUUACCUUUCAAUUCUUCCAUCCUUUGGCCAAUGUUUAUGUUACCCUGGGUGUUGGUCCCCGACAUGUGCAUGUUGCUGUACAUGGCUUCGACUCGACUGUUGCAGUCACGGUCUGGUGGCUUUAGUCUUUUUGCCAAUCGUAUCUAUUGUUCUACCCUUUUAUUAUGUCACCGAAUGUCUCGGCGAAGAUAUCUUGAUUCGAAUCACCACCAACCUUGGGGGACUGAUCUGCGGGAGGUCGAGAGCAUAUUAUCUCUAGAGUUGGUGAUAUACGUCCUCUCUUCGAUGUGGUUGGAAUUGAAGAGUAACGAGCCAGAAGAACCACUUUGUACAAAGCAGUGGAAGCCGGAGGGAAAUGUGUUUGAAUCUG